CUUGCGCCCGCGGACAUGGACGACGACUUUCCCCGAGCCCGUGCAAAGUGGGAGUUUGUGGCGUCGGGCGACAACCAGCUCUCGUUUCCCAAGGAUGCGGUGCUGACGGUACUGGACCAGGUCUCGUACGGUGAUUGGUGGCUGUGCGAGGACAAGGAUGGCGACGAGGGCAUUGUGCCGUCAAACUAUCUGGAAAUCGUGCCGAGGGUCCUCUCUACCGCAGAGAGGCUCGAAGCCGAGGCCGAGAAAGCCAAGGCCGCAGAGAGUGCUGUGGGCGGAGGUACGUCGGUCAAGGACCGCAAGGCUUUUCUUCUCAAGGCGCUGCCGGUCGGCAUGGGCGGCGGAAACACCGCCGCCCGCAAGGAUCCGUCAAAGACAUCACGCAAGCUCGAGCACAAGACGCUGGACAGGCCCAUCGCGCCUCGCGCCGGUCGCCGGCCGCGCCGCACCGCGCGCCGUACCGCGGCUGCUGCCCAGCCGGCCGCUAGCCCGACGUCUGCGACCGCCGGCAGCGGCUCGACCCGCCGGCGCCGCCACCGCCGUUCACACGCCACUGGCGACACCGCAAGCCCGACAGGAGCCGCACCGGAGACCGGAGCUAACACAGCAGAGCUUGAGCGCCUGCGCGCCGAGCUUGCUGCGCUCCGUGCCUCGUCCCGGCGCAAGGACUCGCGCAACGCGCAGAUCGACAUUGAGCUCGCCAAUGCCAAGGAGGCGCUGGUUGCCAAAGACGAGGAGCUGGCCAAGCUCCGGACGCAGCUUGCAGACGAAAAGGACAUCUCCGAAUCGCUUGAAGAAGAGUUGGCCGAGGUGCGUGCCGAGGUCAAGGCUGCGUCGGCAGCGUCGGCCGCGUCUGCGGCGUCUGCUCAGUCGGCCGACGCUGCCAAGGUUCGCGAGCUCGAGAACGCCCUGGCCGCUGCCAAGACCAAGGCUGCCGCCGCCGUCGAGAAGCACCGCGCCGAGAUUGCCGCCCUCGAGAGCCGCCUCCGCGAAGAGGCCGCUGCCGCCUCGGCCGCCGCCGCUGCCUCGGCCGCCGCCGCCUCUGGCGACGAUGCCGGCCUCCGCCGCCGCGCUGCAGAGGACGACUAUGCCUCGCUUCAUGCCAAGUUGGCCAAGGUCCAGCGCCGCCUCAAGAAGGAGUCGGCGUCCAAGGAGCGGAUGGAGGACUCCAUCAAGAAGCUCGAGGCAGAGCUCCGCCUCUUCAAGUCCAAGCUCUCCCAGCUCCUGGGCCUCAUUGAGCAGCGCAAGGCGCUCAAGACCAAGGCCACUGCAUAG